AUGAAUUCAGAAAUCAAAUAUACUGCUAGCAAUCAUUUCAAUGUAUCUAAACCUAUCGAAGAUCUUUCAAAAUCAUCAACAUCAUUCAAUAGUACUUAUACUAACUAUUUACAUAUAUGUAUUGGUGAACCAUUACAACAUGCAUUAGCUUCUGUGAUAAUCUAUCGGCCUGAAGAUCCUAUAGAAUUCAUUGCUGACUUUUUAAUCAAAUGGUCAUGUAAGAAAGUUCGUGAACAACAAGAAAGCGAAACAAAACACUUAUUAAUUAUGCAUAAAGAAAAACAAAAGAAGGAAAUAGUUUUUGAAUAUGAUAAACAUAUAUUAACAUCAUAUCAAUAUACUUAUUGUAUUGAUCCACGUACAGAUGAUGAACGAGAACCAAUGACUAAUCAUUUUCAAGAACAAAAGCAACAAUAUAUUCAUACUACAUAUGAUACAAUUAUUGGAGUCGAUGAUGAUGACGUGAAAAAUAAUCCGAAAAAACAUAAAAGUCAUAUGUGUCAUGAUGAUACUUCAUCAUCUUUUACAUAUUUCUCUCGACUCAAGGACAAAAUAAUUCAAUGUGAUGAGUCAUAA